UGCUUUAUAUGCGGACCGUUGCGGGCUGGUCUAGAAUCGCCGCAACCGGGGCCACGGGGCCAACUACGAGUAUAAAAGUAAAAGCUCCAUAUACGAACGGCAACAAAGCGCGACAACAAGUUAGACGAUCAUGGCACGUUACCAACCCACUAGCUCCCUGCUGCUGCUGCUCCUGGCUGUUUUGCUGGCCAACACUUCAGCUGAAGCGCCCCGGCGAUUGCGUUUCAAUCGUCAGCGCCAGGUGUUUGCCAGGCAGGAGGUGCAGCCCACGCCGUAUCCGUCUGCGGCCGAGCUAAAGCCGGAUGAGCCGGCGCUCAUCUAUGGCCCACCUCCGUCAACGGAGCUGGAUGAAUUACCCGCCGAGCAGGAUCCAGCUUUGAAUAGCUUUCAGCCUGAUGCUGAACCCGAAACCGAAACAGAAGCCGAGGAGCUGGAUAUCGAGGAGAACUCGCUCGAGGAGACCACACCAGCAGCUGUCGCUCGCCUGCGCAGCAGCCGCCAGAGACUGGCCAAGCUGCAGCUGGCCAAGGCACAGCCAAAACGUCUGAGUCAACGUCAACGCAUUGCCCGCCUGGAAGAGUUGUCCGUAGAAGCACCAGCAGCAGCUGUUGCGCCGGCAGCCGCCUUACCGGCUCCCCAGUUUUUCUAUCUGGGUGCCCAGCAGCCCUAUGUGGUUGCCUACAAUGCAGCUGGCCAGCAGCUGUCCUGGUAAAUCGUUAGAUAGUGAUAUUGAUUGUGAUCGACUGCAUAUAAAUCUAUUGUUGUAUCUAUUAAACCACGUUAAA